AUACUGUUGGCACUCCGACGCAUUCAGAAAAAAAUCUAAAGGACAUGGCACGUAAAUUCAUCAUUCACAUUCAAUGGAUUCUGCCCAGUGUUAUCUUAUUCGUGAAAAGCAUCACUUCCGACAUCAGGUUUCCGGACAUAACCUCAAUCGCGACUAAACAUGCCAUCAGUCACGAAACAAUGUACGCCGUCUAUCCAAAUCUCCUACAGCUGGACAUGAGCAAUCAAACGGGAUUCGAAUUCCCCGUAGACCAGGUUCUGCUGAUUCACGAUGAACUGUCUCGUUUCGUGUGCAACAACUGUGGCAUACAUUCCAUCUACCAGCUUUCCUUGUCGAAACUACCACAACUAACUCACCUUAUUAUGGAAAAUAACAGUCUUCGAUACGUACAUCCGGAUGCAUUCGAGUACAAUACCCGUAUGGAAAAGAUCAGUCUUGCAGGUAACCAACUUUCCACAUUCAAUUCGGAAGCAACUAUUCGGCACAUUGCUGGCCUAGCAAUGCUAGAUCUGAGCUGGAACGAGCGAUUUGAUUUGAACAAAGUGGAAUUGCAAGGAACCAGGAUGUUUUUCUUCACUUGCAAUCACUGCCAUACUACCUUUCUCGAUCGGAACACACUUGCCCGCAUGCCGAGGCUUUCACAGCUGUAUCUGUCGCACAAUGGAAUGGAGCGAAUCGAUGAUGAUGCUUUGAUGAUGGCCAAGUAUGUCAAGAUAUUGAACGUUGAUGGAAACCGGGGCUUGUUACGGUUGAACCUCAAGUCAGUAUCGCUUAUGAAAUUGAGUGCCGAAAGAUGCAGCUUGGAAGGAACACUGCACACGUCUAAGCUACCGCUACUGGAAUAUAUUAAUGUGAGAGCAAAUAGAAUUACUCGGGUGAAUGAGCAUGGAUUUAUGCAAAAUACAAACAUCAAAGUUGUCCUACUGGACGAUAAUUUAAUUACAAAGGUUCCCACGGUUCUGUUAGAGCUUCCGUUGAAUGGGUUGAAGCAACUAUGUCUGGACAGGAAUCCGCUUCAACCGUGUCCUCGAAUUGACGAAGCAAAGACUCUGUACUCAACGAGAAGUCUUCGCAAGGGUUGUUUGGAUGAUGGCAAUCAUUUGACUAAGUUUGAAAACUAUCUGCCGAAUGUCAGUGGCCAUGCUGUGUACAAGAAAAUGACAAUUCAUCACCUUAGUAGUGAUGGAAUGACGGUAGACCUUUCCAAUAGAGCCAUCGUGUACAUAGAACCAGAUUAUGUAAUUGAUGACCAAAAUGUGACGGAAGUAUUAUUUGACAAUAACCAUUCGUUUGACUUCAAACCAUAUAGAGUAUUCCUAAAUAGCUCGCGGGUUGAACGAAUGUCGUUGAUGAACUGCUCAAUCACAGAAAUAUACGAGCCAACUUUCAAAGAGUUGCCCAAUUUAAAAUCUAUACAUCUCCAAGGUAACAACAUUAAAUCCAUUGAUUCCAAUUCAUUGUUCACCAGUAACCCAGGCAUAACGUUUCUGAGUCUAUCGCACAACAAUCUUGAAUUCAUCGCUGCGCAGUCAUUUCAAACAUUGGAAAAUUUGGAAAUUCUCCACCUGGACUGGAACGAUCGUCUAUCCAAUAAGGCCAACACUCCAUUCCUACUGAGCACAUCACUACGGAAGCUCAGCUGCAUACACUGUCGAUUCGAAUGGCUAGAUCAUAUGACCCUGGCAAGGCUGCCAAAUCUGCUAGAACUGAACCUAGAGAACAAUCACAUAGCAAGACUGGAUGCCGAUGUCCUGCAAUGGACAACUCAACUGAAGUACCUUAAUCUACGUCACAACCACCUGGUGGCCUUUGAACCGAACAUCAACCAGCUGAGCCAUUUGAAAACACUAUGUCUGGCCGGUAGUCCUAAUUUUGAUUUAGAGCAUAACAAAAAUAUGGACCUCCUGGAUAAUAUCCAGAAGAUGAUGCAGCUCGACAAAGAUUGUCAAGACGAAAAAUUUUCAGAAAAAUUGGUUGGAUUAUAUAUCAAAAGAAACAAAGCCAAACAUGAAACUAUCGACGUUCCAAAGGUUGAGCAUAUACGAUUGCAGAAAUUUGAAACAUCAUCCGCUGUGUUAUAUACGAGUAAUGUGGCCGUCCUAGUAUUGAUUGGACUGGUUAGGCAUUUGAAAGGCGUGGUUUUAAAGUUAAUUUUCUUAUGAAACAUUAUUUUGGGAAGUUUACCUGGUGCAAGCAAUAAUGCCACUCUCGUUGGGGUGAUGCCAAAAAUACAGAUACUCAUAUUCGAUCCAAGUUGUAACUCCUUUUAUUUUUCAAAUAGCAGUUGUAAAAAUUUGUUAAAUUACUUUUCAGUGGCACAUAGGGCCAACGUGAAAAUUGUCCAUAAGUGUGCUUCACCCCACUUAAUCAGUUCAAAAUCAGAUGCUGGUCAUUUUUUGAAAAUCAAAGAUCAUUUUGUUGCGAAAUCCUACUACACUGGCCCUUUGAAGUUUAUGUGGGAAUUACUAUGGGAAAAGUUAACUUCUUAUACUAAUCGUCCUAGCCCUUUGCCAUAAUGAUAUGCAAGUUUACCAUCUAUACUCAUAUGUCAUUUUACAGCAAUAGCUUUGCUGGCGACCACUUUUUGAUUGAUCGUCAGGAUAAUAAGUUAUAAUGCACAUAAGUACAGAUAGUAAAUCUUUCAGAAGGGCUAUGACCGUGAUUGCAAAAAGUGAACUUUUCCCAUAUUAAUUAAUCACGAACUUCAAAAGGCCAGUCCAGUCAUGAUUUUGAAUUAAUUAAUCAUCUUACCAUGAUUCUGCUAAUGUUGUUUUUAAUGGUGAUAUCUAUCCAAAAUUACGCAUUCACUUAGUUACGUUAAUUGUUUACAGAGGGUAGUGCGGUCAAAACAUGUAUGAUUCCUCUUUAUAUGCACUAAGACUAAAAUCCGAAAUCUCUUCUUUUAGAUAUAUUCUGCACAAAAAAAAUCUGUACUCCCUUCUUUUUUACAUAUACUGCACACAAAAUACUUUCUAAGCUAAGCUCCUAAUAGGAUUUCCCACCAUUUCCCACAAAGUAUAUUUUGUUAAGAAUAUGUAAAAAAGGAGGGAUUAAGUAUGUUAAUCUAAAUGCAUUUAUAGAGGUACUAGACAUAUUUUGCAGUAUCAGGUACUCUAUUUUGUAAUCUGUGGGAAGGCAAUCGUAAAUAGAGUGACAAUUUUUUUGAUUAUUAAUUUAUUUGAUAAGGCUCAAUAGAAUUAUCUUUACAGAACCGAUGAUUCUUCGUCACUAUAAAAUACAUCUUAAAGCUAUAGUCGAAAGGUACAACACAAUAACCACUUCAUCUUCCGCUAUCCAAAAAGUCUCCUCCAUCAGAACGGGAGCCGCUUCCAGUGGUUUAAUUGUAUGGCAGUAUUUCCAACGGUUCAGAGCGCUUCCAUUGCAGCAAUGGACGCAAAACGUGGUCAGCACUCACACACUCAUCACUAAACGGUUGUUCUCCAAAGUCCAGUUUCUGAUCGAACUGUUCGUCACCGUCACGUCACCGUUCGUAACCGUCAGUCUUUUAGAUAGCAAAGUUGCUCGGAACCACCCAUUUAUCCGCAAGCCAAACGGCUUAAGUUUGCUAAGGAGCAUGCUGAUAAGCUCUGAACUCACGAAUCUAAAUUCAAGCUGUUUUUUUUGCGCUUUGACGGCUUGAAUGAAUUAAGUGAAUGAUGGAGGAGGAAAUGUAAUGGGCUGGGGGUGUUUUUCGUGGUGUGGAUUGAGAAGUCUCGUAAAAAUCGAUGGGAUAAUGACGGCAGAUUCAUCCUGCGGGAAAAUCUGGAGGUUUCGCUGAUCCAGAGGGGCCUUGAAGAGAAGUUCGUAUUUCAGCAGGAGAUCAACAAAACCACGUCUUUCUUCCGGUCUUGUCGGAUCAAACCGGUGGAAUGGCCUCCACAAAGCCCGGACCUCAACCCCAUCGAGAAUUUGUGGGCGAUUCUUGACGGUUGACAAAACUGGUGUUACC